AUGAAUAUCAAAAAACAAAAAGGAAAAAAUAUAAGUGAAUGGUUUCAAUGCGUGUGACGAUUGAAACGAGCAACUUUGAGGCGUAUACAUAGGAUAAACAUUUGUUGUGUGGUAAUCAUUUUCUCUUCUCCUCUCUUGUUAUUGUAUGUAUUUACAAACUUCUCGUUCGAUGUUAACAAAGUGCAUGAUACAACGGGAGCAAUAUUUGCGCCAUACAAUUUUACGGAUGCUAGAAUGUUAUUAGCGCCUAGUUUCCAACAGUGUCCCAGUGUACCUGUUUUUUAUAUUAUUCGUACUCAUCCAAGAAAUAUAAGAUGGAGGAGUAUUAUUCGUUCAACAUGGGCUGGAUCUCUGAAACAUUCUUUAAUAUUUGUAUUGGGUGUUGAAAAAACAGGUGAAGUAAACGAAUUGGUAGAGCUGGAAGCUAAAAAAUACGGCGAUUUGAUCGUUUUUGAUAUGAUUGAUAGUUAUAGUAACAUGACGCUGAAGUCAUUAAAUAUUUUAAGUUGGAUAGUUCGAAAUUGUCAGGCGCCCCGAUUUUUUAUGCAGGGCGAUCCAGACAUAGUAGCGUUUCCGGAUGAAAUAGCUUCAUAUACCUCGAAACUUGAUGCUAGUUUGAUAGCUGUAUAUGGAAAAUGUUGGAAGGGCGCAAAAGCACAUCGCGAAGAUAGUAGUAAAUGGGCUUUGAAUUCACUAAUUUAUGCAUCAGUGACUUAUCCAACCUAUUUGGCUGGUGGUGCAUGGUUAUUCUCACCUGCUACUGCCAAACGUCUCCUGAUGGCUCUCGAAAAUCCUGUAUCAUAUAUUCACAUUGAUGAUAUGCUCAUUUCGGGAAUAUUCGCAGAACUUAUGGAUAUACGUCGAAUAUGUUUGAAAACUGUUGGAUAUUUGUAUGAAUUUACAUCGAAAAAAUGCGAUGAUGAUCAUAUUCUUGCUAUUUUACAACUGGAAAAGCAUGAAAUUUUGAACACAAUUCUGGACUAUCGAGAAGCCUCGAUAGAAUGUUACGCCGGACGUUCUUCAUACUGA